AACAACAACAGCACCCUUGGUUAGAUACGUGGAACCUUAACUCUAAUUUAGCACUGCCAGAUAUAUUACUAAAUAUCAUGAGUGAAUCAUGACCAUCAAUAUGUUGACAAACUAAUACAAUAUUAGAAAUGUUUAUUUCGUAGUCGAAACCGGUCAAAUCUGACGAAGGCCCGCACCCCUGCGUCUGGUAAAUGGUACAAUCCGUUGCCUAGAUACGAGUAGAAGCCGAUUCAUUCAGCCACGCCUUUCCAAAGCUUUUAUAUUUUCUCAAGGCUCUUUAGGACCGAAGACCCGCCUGAAGCUCUUUUUUGAUUGGAUUAUGUCCAGAAAAGCCGACAGAUGAUUGGUUUACGCUGAAUACGAGCCAAUGAGAAACUGCGUAAAGGCGGGAUAUUGCCCAGCUGGGGUGGGAUGAAAUAACGGAGGUUUAAAGCAGCGUAUGCUUUUCUUGGCGUAUUUACACUCAGAAAGGGUAAGCCAAGCACAUGAGACCGUGCCAUGGAUGAACUGCUACAACAGUUGGAGUGUAAACAGUUGGGGAUGUGUUGAUCUUGGCACAUAGAGAUUUGAGUCUUUGGAGUACCAUGUAGUAGACUCCGGACCAAAACAACCACAACAGUUGCACGCAGCUUCAGCAGACCUAAGACAUAAACAUGGAUCAUGAAGAGCAGCAGGAUGAGCUGGUGCAGAUUUCUAUGCGGCUGCAGGAGGAUGGUUUACCUCCAGACGCCACUGAGGAGGAGAAGCAUCGCUUUCUGUGGCAGCAGCUGCUCGGAAGUGAAGCAAAGCUCCAUUCAGUCACCCAGGAACUGCAGACUUUACGAACCCAACAGGCCAACGAGAUGAAAGAGGUGGAGAGCUAUGUUGCACACAUUCGUGGACUGUUAGAAGAGCGCGAGAGUCUGACGGCAGACUAUGAGAGAGACAACGAACAGUUGCGACAUGAACUUCAUCAGAUCAGACAACAACAAGAGAGCCAGAGCAAAGAGCUGGCAGAGAUGCUGGCUCAGGAGGACCUUGGGGAGAUGGGCCUGAGCAGCCCCAGUGAACAGGUGGCUUACUUGCUGGUGGAAAGGGCAACUUUAUUGGAAAGGCUGGAAGCUGCUGAAAGAAGACUGGAAAGUCAGAGCUUGAGCGGAAAUUUGAUGGAAGGCCAACAGCAGGGGCAGGAACACAUUCAACACUUGGUGGGAGAAGAGCUCAGGCAGCAGAGGGAGGAUCUACAGAAAAGAAUAGACUCCAUGUCAAAGCAGUGUACAUCCCAGAGUCCAUGGAAGAAGCUGUUUGGUCUCCGCAGGUCGGGUCAGAACAAGCACAGUAUCAGCCCUGUCCACACUGAGCAGAUGUCCCAGGAGCAGAACGAGCGCCAACGUUUGGAGAGAGACCUGGAAGAGGCGUCAAGGAGGCUAGCGAUGGCUCAUCAAGAUAUCCGCAGACUCACCAAUGAGCUGGAUGUUGCCAAAAAUAACAUCAUAGAUUCAAGCGGACCUGGGAUACAGGAAAUGGUCCAAGAAGUAGAAAACCUGAGGGAGGAAGUGGACAAACUGAAACACUGUGAUGUGAUGAAGAUACAACAAGCCAAAGAGGAAAAGGACAGACUUGAAGCAGAGAACAGAACACUGAGGGAGAACGUGCACAGAAUAGAAUCUGAGAGGAAGAAUCUCCAGAAGCAGUUUGAGUCAGACCAACAUGUUGCUGCUGAAGAUGCUCGAAAGGUCACGAACCUUGGCAUUGAACUGCAGAGCAAUUCUUCUGCCUUAUCAGCUCCAGACAAGGAUCACAUUCACAAACGGUGUCACGAGGUGAUGGAGGACGGACUUGUGCAGGUCAGAGAGCUGCAGCGGCAACUCCAGCGACUGCGCAACCAACAGGAGGAGCUGGAGGAGAGGAACGAGGAGCUGGAGGCGCUGCUGGGUGAGGCCCAGAACGCCAGCAAGGAGGAGAGGCAUCGGCAUGAGGGGGAACUGGAGGGAAUGCACCGCAGGAUCAAAACCUUGGAGGCAGAGCUGAAAAAGCAGGAUGUGCAUGAAAAAAUAAUGAGAAACGGAGAAGAAGUCAAAGAAUCCUUCCUACAACUGCACCUAAGGGACGCCAGCCAGGAGAGAAUGGCUCUUCUGGAGGCCAGACUGACUGAGGAGAAGGACUGGAGAAAACAGCUGGAGGUCGACCUGAGUGCUGCCCAGGCCGCUCUCAAAAAAGACAAAGAUGCUUUGCAGAUCGGUGAGCGAGAGUUGAAGAAACUGAGACUGGAGAUCAACAGUCUGCAGACAGAGUGCCAACAGGGGAAAACACUCAUCAAGAGCCUCACACAAGUCAAAGGGGAAAAAGCUGUUCUGGAAGAAAAGUUGGCCCAGAUGGACCGAGCCCACAGCCGACUGCAGAGUGAACUGGAACGCUUUAAGGAUAGUAACAGGACCCAAGAGGACCUGAAGGAAAACAGGCUCCAUGUGGACCAGCUGCAGAACCAGACCGAUCGUCUGACUGCUGAACUGGGCAGCCUCCAGGCCACACACAGCGCACUUAGGGAAGACCUGGUGUCCGAACGGAAGCAGAGCGCAGAUCUUCAGGCUAAGCUGAGCUCCAGUGUCCAGGAGAAGCUGGCAGCUGAGGGAGAACGAGAGAGACUGGAACUUGAGAUCCAGCACCUGAGUGAGCAGCUCAAGUGGCAUCAAGAGCAGGUCUCCUCUAUGAAGGAAGUGGUCAGUAGCAGCCAGAGGCUCGAACUACAAACAGCUGAGUCCCGACUCGGUCCAAUGGAGAGGAGCAAGGAUGACGACUCUGAUCAGCUUUCACGUCUGAAACAAGAGCUGAACCAGCUGCAGGUCAAACUGCUAGAGGAGCAGCAGGUGGCUUCUCAACACCAGAUGGCUUUGCAGGCCCAGGUCCAUGAAGCCCAGGCUCAUAUCAAGUCUCAGGAUUCAGUGCUCAGUCAGAAGUCAGAGGAGACAAAGCAGAUGAAGCAGGACCUGCAGCGGGCCCAGAACCUGUUUGCUUCAGCAGAGAGAGAGCUACGUUAUGAGAAAGAAAGAAACAUGGACCUGAAGAGACACAACACCCUGUUGGACCAGGAAAAGCUCAAGAUUUUUGCAGAGCUGAAGCAGGUCCAGACCAAACUGGUUCAGGCAGAACAGAGUGUCCACACCCAAGCAGCGGAGAGUGAACGUCAGCAGCACAAGGUCCGAGAACUGGAGCUGGAACUAGCACGGAGCUCCACCAGUUCUAGCGCCACCACCAGUCUCCAGGAGGACCUGCAGGCUGAAAGGGCACGGCUCAUCGCUGCUGACAAAAAGGUGUUGGAGUUGCAGCAGCAGCUAAACAAUGCCCAGCACCAGCUGCGCAUGGAGGAGGCUCGGGUCGGAGAGAGCUCCCGCCUGGAGAGGGACAACAAGGACCUGUCUGACACCUUGUCAGCGCUGAGAGCCCAGCAGCAUGAGGAGCACAUAACCAGGAAGCUGUUAGAGCAGCGGGAGGAGGAGCUGCAGCAGCAGGUGCGCUCCCUGAGGCUGAAAGAGGCCACUCUGAACAGGAGCAACACCGAGCUCAGCCACCGUGUACAGCAGCUGGACACUCGCCUAUCCAUCCUGGACGCUGAGCUCAGCAAGGCCAGGGAGGAGGUGAAAAGCAGCCACGUUACCAGCCACAGGCUGCAGGAGGACCUGGCAGCCAGUCAGCAGGAGUGUGACAGACUGCAGGCGGAGCUGCAGCAGGUUCUCCUCCAACUUGACUCACACUUUCGGAAGUACAAUGAAAAGCAAAGUCAGCACAAGAUCAAGCUGAGACAGGCCAAGCAGGUGUUCGUCAAGGCAACAGCCCAGAGAGAUCGCACCAUACAGAAACUGGAGAAUGACCUGUUGCUGGCAGCCAGUCUCUCUCACAAGGAGAAAGAAAGCAUUCAAACAGUGAUGGAGGAAAAUGAGAAGCUCUUGGAGGAGAAGAGAGAGCUGUUGAAGAAGGUCAGUGAAGCAGAAGAAAUGGGAAGCAAAGGGAUGAGGACGGCCUCCACUGUUCAGCACAGGGUUAACGUCUUAGAAGUCGAAAACCUGCAGCUGCAGGAACGAACUCUGAAGCUCUCCAAUCAAGUUAGUUCCUUGGAGCGUGCUCUGAGGAACGCCCAGUCCAUCUGCAGCCUCGAGAAUAUCAAGAUAAUGCACUCAUCUGAGAGUUUGCGUGACAGCAUCUUGCAAGCGUCCACCCUAAGUUUGACGACAGGCUCCUGUAACCCUCUCAACAUCCUGGACAAAAUCUGUCGUGUGAAGAUGAGCGAACAGGUGACGGAAAACACCCGAGCGUCAGUCUCCACGCACCAGCUGUCGGAGCAGGGUUACCUGAAUCUCACCUCACCACUGGUCGUUCCAGAGGCCAAAGGCUCGGAGGGCAGUCCUCACACAGGUGACAAAGUCUGAGAUGAGUUCACAGUGUUUCAGUGUCAAACUAAUCACAGGAAUCAUUGCUCAGUGCACGUAUUUAGAAGCACUCGUCCACAUCCACUCCGCCUUAUUUGAGGAGUAAAGUUUUAUGCCUUCUUGUCCCACGCCAUUCACAUCUUGUAAAAAUCCAACAAUCUCUUGCCACAACUUGCACUACAUAGUGUGAAUCUGUAGUGUGAAUAUGUUGUACAUUUAAUGAAUAUCAUUACAACAUUGAUAUUCAUGGAUGUAAAACUGCGUAACGAUACAACAGAGAGCUGCCAAUCAUGUGAGAUGUGUCCUGUGUCAAGAACAAAUGACACAUCCACUGUGACCACAGUGAAAGAGUUAAAAAAAAAAAGUCAGUAAUUCUUUUAAAAUUUUUUUUUUUUCCAAAUAGAUAUUACUGAGAGAGUAAUAAUGAAAGGGACCUGCCACUGUUGUUCUGCUCAGGUACAAGCACUUUUACAUUUGUAUAUAAAAAAACAAAUUCUUGUUUAACUUUAUAAAUACACAUAUGGACAAUGGAGCUAUCUCUAAAGCUUCUUUAAAGUGCCAUAGUUGUCUUUUUGUUUGCAUUUCUUUACAUUUAGUUGCGUCGUUGUUUGCACCAGUCCAUGAAAGCGAAGCUUUUGUGUUGUGGAACAUAUACCAUAUAAAUGUAAUGCAUGUGGUUGACUUUGAAUGAUAUUUGUUAAAAGAGCACUUUAUUAUAUAAAUGGUCUUACUUGUGUUUACAUUUGAGUAAAUGUAGCAGUGGAUGUAAAUGGGUGAGAUACCAAAUGGUAUGCAUUUGUCCCCGAGUUGAAUCCAUCAGGGCCGUGUUUUCUAUGAAAAACGAUAGUGGUGUUAGUUUAUGGUUUUACUGUGUUGAAAAUAUCAUUGAAAACGUGACAAUACCUGUGGAUGGCGCUGUUGACCUACAUAGUAUUUCUCAAAUGAUGGGUCGCAGCCUUCACAGAUGUACGAUAAUCGUAUUUGUACGAUGAUUUUACCCUUGGUGCGAUGUAUGAUCAGUGAUUCUGAAAAUCCCUUAAUGUCCGAUAAUCUGACCCUUUUGACCCCCAACUCCAACAGGAUACAAACAGAACAUUCUCUGCUUGUAAUUUGCGGAACCUGCGGAAAUAAUAAACCUGUUAUUUAGUAUAACUGUGCCACAUUAGAAUGUGAGUUUGGUGGCUGGGAAUAUUUUCCUUAGAAUGUGAGAUUUUUCAGUGGCUAUGGUGUGUAUACCAUCAAACACACCGAUACAAAAGUAAAAUGCAUUUAAAAGUACCAGAAUAACUUCAUAAGCUGACGAGAACAGAAUGUCUUAUAAAUAUUAGGAGACCUUAAGAGACGAAAAUAACUUUUUGAGAAUAAAAUAAGUUUACGAGAAUAAAGUCAUAUGUUCGUGAGAAUGAAAUUUGCAGAGUACAAGAAUAAAGUUGGAGGUUUAUAAGAAUUGAGUCAAAAAUGUAUGAGAAUUCAUUCGUACGUGGUUUAAAACAAAUGAACCUGUAGCCUAGACAGGACACAGCACGUAGGACAGAAAUUGAGGUUUUUAGUUGGACAGUUUUAAUAAUCAUUCCCUUUUUUCAAUGUUUUCUCCGUCUUUUUACAUUCAUACUAUAAGUAAGACUUUCUUCUCAAAAAUUAGACUUUAUCCUUGUAAACUUUCCCUCAAAACCUUCUCAUAAACUUAAGACUUUUUCCUGUUAUUUUACCUCAGCAGAGAACUGUCUUUCUGUGUGGCAUUUGUUACAGUAGAAUCAACUGUUGUGUAAUAUUUGUUCACUGUAGAGACUGUGGGGUUUGGUUUUUUUUGUUUUUUUUUUUAAUGUGCCUGAAGCAAUGAAGUGUUAACCUAAUUUGCUGCUUUAUAAAUAAAGAAAACUUUUUUUUUUCUACCGACAUGAACUGUGAUUAUAAAACUUUUGAAAACAAAAUAUUCAUAAAUAAAUGGGUUGGAUUUAGAUUUAUGAGUCUGACUUGAGUAAAGAGGAGGAUUUGUAACAGUCUUUUUAUUAAACAAGGUAAAGAUACAAAGCUCUUUUUUUUCUUUUUUUACUUUUAAACAUUGGUAACCUUAGUUUAACUUCUCAGUCUUGGCUGUGCAUAUUGAGUUGUCUGGGAACUGAAUAUGAAACCACAAUGCAAGACAGGAAAAAAGUGUAAUAAAUCUACGGAAUAUCUUUUCAAAGAGGAGGUGGGUUAAACAGUUAUCAUACAGUUUACAGCUCAGGAUCUCCAUGCGGAAGGAAACGGAAUCCAAAAACAAAAAAGAAGAAAUGUUUACACGACUGAAUACUGCAGAACACAAUACAGAGUAAUGUAGACGUGGGAUGAUAAAACAAUGAAGGCUUACAUGUAAGUAACUGAUAUAAAAGGUGAAUAUUAAUAACAUACAGGGAGACUAAAAUAAUUACAGUUAAGUGCAUACAUAAGCUUUUACAAAAAAAACCCCAAACAGAGCAUGUUUAUGAAAUCUUAAAAAAUAAGUACUAUUAAGUGAAUAACCUCUUUUACAGUACAGCAACAUGUACAUUAUGCCCCACCCCUAACCACCCGCCCAACCCAAACCCCAGAAAAGAGUAAAAGCUGAAGAGGCAGGGUCUGUUGUUGGCGUGAAUAUGUGUUCAGGCCAGUGGCUUGAGUAAUACGUUUUUUUUUUUCCUUUUCUUUUGAAAACAUUACUAUAUACUGUAUAUGUAUUUUACAAUAUUCUCAGUUCCAUCUCAGAUGUAAUGUUCUAGCUGUAGCACCUGUUCUGAAGUGCCCUGAAGAACGCAGGGUACUCUGUUAGUACCAUACAGAGUUUAGUUACAGUAAAAAAAUAUUACAAACAAUACUGUGUACAAUUAAAUGUU